CUGUCACUUGCCGCUGGCUUCUGUCAGAGUUUCUCUCUGAUUGUUUUCAGAACAGAAAGUGCUUCCCGAGGAGCGCGCAGAAACAAUGUGCUGCUCCUGACCAACACUGAAUGGAUUAGCUGGCUAUUCAGAGCACUAAUGAGAUUACAGAGUCACAACAGACAUGGGUCCUAGCGGCAUGGUACCUUUUGUCGCGCUUCUUGAGGAGUGUUUUCCUUGUCAGUCCCUCAGCACUGGAAAUGGCGCUCUGAAAGUGAACGAGGCUGACCCAGCGCAGGCGGAUGCCAGGGAAUAGACGCGCACAAGCUCACCUAUGUUGGUUUCGUGGUGGUAGUGGUGGACAAUAUGAAGUACCAGAAAUACAUAACAGUGAUGCAGAUGGCCAUGGGAGUGACAGCCUCCAACAAAGACGACUGCAUCCCUCCGAAGAGACAGCUGUGGGUGCCACCUGAUUCAGAUGCCCCCGCUGCCUCUGCUGCGACGCCACCUGCUGCGGCUGCGAGUCAGGGCAAACCAUCACUGCGCAGGAUCAAGGGCCGCAUCCACAGAAGCAAGAGCCUGGACAGUAUAGAUCUACUGGACUGCAAUAGUACAACAAUGGAGGAAACUGUAAUAUGGGAACAGCACACGGUGACUCUUCACAGGGCGCCAGGUUUCGGGUUUGGAAUCGCCAUCUCAGGGGGCCGUGACAACCCUCAUUUCCAGAGUGGAGAGACCUCUAUAGUGAUCUCAGAUGUGCUCAAAGGGGGACCAGCGGAAGGACUUUUACAAGAGAAUGAUAGAGUGGUGAUGGUGAACGGUGUCUCCAUGGACAAUGUGGAGCAUGCCUACGCUGUUCAGCAGCUGAGAAAAAGUGGAAAGAAUGCCAAAAUUACUAUCCGCAGAAAGCGGAAGGUGCAGAUUCCUGUAAGUCGAGGGGGAGACAGAGAGACUAUGUCAGAGCGAGAGGAAGAGGACGACACUGAGGAGGAUGAUUAUGAGGGACCAGCACGUGCAGGGGGAGCGAGUGGAGGCACUAGCAGCAGAAACGAGCGCAGCGGCAGCACCGGAAGGAGAGACCAUAGUAAUUCCCGUGAGAGGAGCAUUUCCCCACGCUCAGACAGACGAUCAGUUGCAUCCAACGUCCCGCCACGACCUUCCAAAGUCACACUUGUCAAGUCCCGCAAGAAUGAAGAAUACGGCCUGCGUCUGGCCAGCCACAUAUUUGUAAAGGACAUUUCUCCCGAGAGCCUUGCAGCCCGUGAUGGCAACAUACAAGAGGGAGACGUCGUCCUGAAGAUCAAUGGCACAGUGACUGAGAACCUGUCUUUGAUCGACGCAAAGAAGCUUAUAGAGCGAUCGAAAGGCAAGCUGAAAAUGGUGGUGCAGAGAGACGAGAGGGCGACACUCCUAAACAUUCCAGAUAUGGACGAUAGCAUUCCCUCAGCUAAUUCAGACAGAGAUGACAUUUCAGAAAUUCAUUCACUGGCAUCAGAUCAUUCCCAUGAGCACACCCGUCGCAGUCGAUCCCGUUCCCCUGACAAACGCUCAGAGCCCUCCGACAUCUCCGGCCACUCUCCACAGCAGAUGAGCAACGGCAGCCACAGGAGUCGCGAGGAGGAGCGCAUCUCCAAACCAGCGGCGUUAUCCACUCCAGUUAAGAUGACGGAAGAUGCCCUUCUGGUUCCGCCAACAGAACAGCCCGGGGACAAACAGAUCCCUCCACUGCCAGAGCCAAAACCAGUGUAUGCACAACCUGGGCAACCUGAUGUUGAUCUGCCAGUCAGCCCCUCUGAUGCCCCUGUGCCCAAUGUCACUCAUGAUGACAGCAUCCUCCGGCCUAGUAUGAAGCUGGUGAAGUUUAAGAAAGGCGAAAGUGUGGGAUUGAGGCUGGCAGGAGGAAAUGAUGUGGGGAUCUUUGUUGCUGGUGUGCUGGAAGACAGUCCUGCUGCUAAGGAAGGCCUGGAGGAGGGAGACCAGAUACUCAGGGUUAACAAUGUUGACUUUGCAAACAUCAUUCGUGAGGAAGCAGUGCUGUUCCUGCUCGAUCUGCCCAGAGGUGAAGAGGUCACCAUCCUGGCUCAGAGGAAGAAAGAUGUGUAUCGGCGGAUAGUGGAGUCUGAUGUGGGCGACUCCUUCUACAUCAGAACACACUUUGAGUAUGAGAAAGAGUCUCCAUAUGGGCUGAGCUUUAAUAAGGGAGAGGUGUUCAGAGUGGUAGACACCCUCUACAACGGCAAACUGGGCUCCUGGCUGGCCAUCCGCAUUGGGAAGAACCACCAGGAGGUGGAAAGAGGCAUCAUUCCCAACAAGAACAGGGCGGAGCAGUUAUCAAGCGUACAGUAUACACUCCCCAAAACUACAGGCGGUGACCGAGCUGACUUCUGGAGGUUCAGAGGUCUGCGCAGUUCAAAGAGGAACCUGCGGAAGAGCAGAGAAGAUGUGUCAGCUCAGCCUGUUCAGACUAAGUUCCCUGCGUAUGAGAGGGUGGUUCUUAGAGAAGCUGGGUUCCUGAGACCUGUUGUGAUCUUCGGGCCGAUUGCAGAUGUGGCACGAGAUAAACUGGCGAGAGAGGUGCCUGACAUGUUUGAGCUUGCAAGUGAGUCUGGGUUCCUGAGACCUGUUGUGAUCUUCGGGCCGAUUGCAGAUGUGGCACGAGAUAAACUGGCGAGAGAGGUGCCUGACAUGUUUGAGCUUGCAAUAAAUGAAUAUGCAUUGCACCACAUUGAUGCCAUUCAGCAGCAACAGAACCAGCUGGUGUGGGUCUCAGAGGGCAAGGCGGAGGGCGCACCUGACAAUGAUCUGGAUCUUCACGAUGACCGUCUGUCCUAUGUAUCUGCCCCUGGUAGCGAGUACAGUAUGUACAGCACGGACAGCCGUCACACCUCAGACUACGAGGACACUGACACAGAGGGCGGAGCCUACACGGACCAGGAACUAGACGAGACCCUGAACGACGAGGUUGGACCGCCCAGCAAACCCGCCAUCACUCGCUCCUCAGAGCCUGUCCGGGAGGACCCGCCCGUCAUCCAGGAACCCCCUGGAUAUGGAGGGUACCAGCCCGAACCGCUGAACCGCAUCGACCCCGCAGGGUUCAAGGCCCCUGCACCUCAGCAGAAAGCAGAGGCUGCUCUUCCCAUGCAGCCUGAGCCGCUGGCAGAGACAGCGCCCCCUGCUGUUCAUGUAAAUGUAGGGGCCCUGAGUGCCAAGGAUCUCCCGGUCACCCUCACUCAGGGGGAUUUCAGCCCAGAGGCAGGCUCUCUCUUCCCACCUGCCCCUGAGCUAGCCCAACCCCCGUCUCCCGACCCCAACCAAUCCGGACAACCAGGGUCAGAGUCCAAGAUGUACAAGAAGGAUAUCUAUCGUAACAACGAGCCGGUGCUGGUGAACCAGAACCCUAUGCAGCCCAACUACAACCCCCAGCAGCCCCUCUACCAGGAAGACAAGCCAUACAGAGAUUACGACCACCAGCCCUACCGCUACGAUGGGGGCUACAUGGAACCAAAGGCUCGUAAUUUUGACCCCCACCUACAUUUUGACAGCAGCGUGCCUCCGUACGAUGAGCAGUGGGCCCCGUAUGACCAAACCUCUGAAUACGACCCUCAUAUGCCCUAUGAGGAUGGUCUGAACCGCAUAUACGGUCACCCUCAGAUGCAACAUGACACAGGCUAUGACUCCAGUCGACCUCGCUAUGGCAAACCCAGCCCCGGACCGAUCCGACAUGAUGAACCGCCCCCUGCGCGCCUGCAGUAUGACCAGGAAGCACUCCCUCGUACUCAAGCCUCUUCUCGCUCCCCUGAACCCCCCAAACAACAGUACUAUGACCCGUCCCAGAGGCCUUCCUAUACUCAACCUCCACAGAGGGGCUACAUGAACUCUGAGGCCUCUGUGACCCCUCCUAAACCUGAGUCCAUUUCACCGCCAGUGGAACCUGCACUUCCUCCUCCUCCAGCUGAGGCAGAGGAUGACCCAGCCAUGAAGCCCCAGUCCGUGCUCACAAGGGUUAAAAUGUUUGAGAACAAGCGAUCCGUGUCUGUGGACAGAGCAAGAGAGUCCGCAGACACUGGUAUUAGGCCUGUGGACAUGGUGCAUAAACCUGGUGCUGCCUCCAUGCCCAAAGCCAAUUCUUUAAGUAACCUGGACCAAGAGAAGGCCUUUAGAUCUCCAGAGCCACAGCAGCCCCAGCCUAAAGCAACAGAUGAUAUCAUUCGUUCAAAUAACAAUGACCCUGAUGAGGAUGAGGAGUACUACAGGAAACAGCUGUCUUACUUUGACCGACGAAGCUUUGACAGCAAACCCUCUGCACAGCUGGCACCUGCCAUUAAGCCAACCCAACCCCAGACCCAACCAGGGUACUACCCCAGGGCAGAGUCAGUGGAGAAGAUCAACCCUGUUGCUCCAGCUAACCCAGCUGUCCCACCCCCAACCCUGCCCAAACCUGCAGUCACUCCACCUCUCGACCCACAUGGAUCUCCCAAAGUGAAGCCUCCCAAUCAUGAAGACACAGUCCAGAGCACUUACCUGCCUCAGAAAAGCUUCCCAGACAAAUCUCCUGUUAACGGCACCGGCGAACCUCCAAAGACCAACCGCACUACCACGUCCAGCUACAACCGGUUUGUGCCCAAGCCAUACACAACCUCUGCAAGACCCUUCGAGCGCAAGUUUGACAGCCCCAAGUUCAACCACAACCUUCUGCCUAAUGACUCUCAAAAUAAGACGGAUAAUGUGAAAGCUCCCAUCAGUACCACAACCAAACCACAGAGCUCGCCCCAGCCGAUAGACCACGACAGCGGCCUGGACACCUUCACCCGCACCAUGGACCAGAAACCCAAAUACCAGCAAAACAACAUCAACGCUGUACCCAAGGCAAUACCUGUCAGCCCGAGUGCUUUGGAGGAUGACGAUGAUGAUGACAGCCACACGGUGGUGGCGACGGCACGGGGCAUCUUCAACAGUAACGGCGGGGUCCUGAGCUCUAUUGAGACGGGAGUGAGCAUCAUUAUCCCUCAGGGAGCCAUUCCUGACAGUGUGGAGCAAGAGAUCUACUUCAAAGUGUGUCGGGAUAACAGCAUCCUGCCACCUCUGGACAAAGAGAAAGGUGAAACUCUGCUGAGUCCUCUGGUGAUGUGUGGUCCCCACGGCCUGAAGUUCCUGAAGCCAGUGGAGCUCCGCUUACCUCACUGUGCGUCUAUGACCCCUGAUGGUUGGUCUUUUGCUCUAAAAUCCUCCGACUCCUCGUCGGGUGAUCCUAAGAGUUGGCAGAACAAAUCUCUCCCUGGGGAUCCUAACUACCUGGUUGGAGCCAACUGUGUGUCUGUGCUUAUUGACCAUUUCUGAGGAGGGCAACAGCAGGUCCCGUUAGUGAAUGUGGAACCAGAUUAAAGGAGAGAGGACCUUCCCCUUAUAAACACACACACACUCACACUUCCACAAGAUGAAGGCGCUACGUGACACUAAAUGAAGGGUCUCCUGACUGUGCUCUGGCUUUGUUUACGGUAACCUCUGAGACUGGAGGGAGGGUUACAUUCAAUGAAGUGCUGUUUUAAUCUCCUCAUCAUUUUCCUCCUCUUCUUUUUUUUUUUUUUUAAAGUGCUUUUAAAGGCUUUCGAGGAUAACAAAAACGGACAUUAACCAUCGAUGGACUACAUGCUCUGUGCCACUGAUCAACUAAUACUCGCACUGUAAGCCAACUGUAAUAUCCUGCGACACAUUAAGUUGUGUUGUCUAUUUUUUAAAGGAUUUUAUUAGGUUCUUCCAUUCAGUCUAGGCUACUUAAACAUUUAGACUAUAUUAAUCUGCAAGUGUAUUUGAACUUCAUGUAGUAUGCACACUAUAAUAUUAUGAUUCUCAUGUAUAGUGCAACUUUUCUAGAAUAUCGAAUUCCAGUUCUAGGCUUUUCAAUCGAGCAGUUGAAGUGUACAUCUGACACAUUUCCUGACUUUUAUCAUGUCAAGGUGCAGGAUCAGUGCUAGUUGCGUGCGUAAGUGUCAGAGGGAAUCUCGGCAUCUUAAGAAUAAUACAGGAUGAAGUUUUCUAGCCAAGGACGUGUCAUGUAAGGCUCACCUUUUUUAAAUAGCUCCUUUGUAGACACCACUAGCCUCCUCACAGACCUGUGAACUUGAGCACUGGAACAUUCCUGCAGUGUCGAGAUCUAUGCACGUGCUUUGACUCAGGUGUGAAGAACGCUGCUCUCUCCUUUCCCCUCUAUCUCUCCCAGAUUCUUCCUCACUCUCUCUCUCUCUCUCACUCACUCCAUCUAAAGCAGUGAUGCCUUAUCUGAAACGACACUUUUUUCAAUAACAAAAACCUUUGUGGUUUCUUUUUGCUAAGUUGUUGUAAUGAUAAAUUAUGAAGAAACUGAAGUUGUCUUUCUGCCAUUUUUGUCAACCCGCUGUACAAAUAAACCUGGGUGUUGCACACAAGCGUAACAGUGUAAAGGAUAAGAACAGGUUUUCUCUUUUUAUCUGCUAUGCACAUGACCUUUGAAGAGAAACACAAAUAAAAGAUGGAAGGAGAUCAAUUGGCUGUACAUAAAGCUAGCAUAUUGCCUUCAUUAUUGGUUUGUAAAUGACUUUUUUUGUAUGUCUUUAUUUUGUAUAAAACUUAAGGGGGAAACAUUUAUAAAAGAGGAUGAAUGAAAUUAAAACGAUCGUCUUUGUAUUCUGGUUCUAGCUUUGAGCCUUGGAACGUGUACUUAGCAGUAAUAUCACAUUUUCUACAGAUACACACUAAAUAUAAGCGUUUUUAAUGAUAACCUUCUUUUUAUUCUUUAUUUACAAAUGAAAGUGCUUGAUGUAAACUAUUCUCAAAACCUGUUUCUUUUCAACUGUGUGCUUGAAAUGUGUCCCACGCAUUUAUUUGUGAUACUGGAUGCUAUAUUGGGUGUCCUGAAAUGUAUUUUUGUACUAAUAGACGAUUUAUUAUGGCACACCGGAAGACUUUUUUUCUUUUCUUUAGACAAUAUAACACAGCUUUGACUGGUCAUUAGCUAUUCACGUGUGGCAGAGUUUGUUCCCUUUUCAACACAAUUUCCAGUA